AUGCGCGGUGUCAGGUUACAGCCUACCUGGGCUGUAGGAGCUCGGCUGAGCCCACUGGUUGCGUCCAACGGGGGUAUCUCGACGGGACUAUGCUCCGGUAUCAGUCUAGCUAUUCAUAUUCGCGGCUUUCACAGUGCCUUCUUCCGGUCGGUCUCGAGCCUUUCCGGUUCGGCAUACAAUUGCAGAUUACCUCACAUUGACCGGAACCUUGGGCGAACAAACGUAUCAUUUCUGAUAAACUGCAAAUACUCGAACUCUCCUCUAACGAUCUUGCAACAAACACGGCAAUUCUCUUCCUCACGACGAUUCCUAGACGCCAAAUCAUCCCCGCAGCCGACGAAGGCUUCGCGCGCGGAAAACAAGGGGAAAACGGAUGAAGACAGUGACGAAGGCUUUGAGCUGUCAGAAAAGGCAGCGCAGGCUGCGCAAAUAAAUCUUCGUGCAAAGCUUAACAAGGAUGGAGCCAGUGGGAAAAAGUCCGGCUUCUCGGAAGUAUGGAGGCUUCUGCUCAUCGCACGGCCCGAAGCAAAGAAACUCGGCGUCGCCUUUUUCUGCUUGCUCAUAUCUUCGGCAAUCACCAUGUCACUUCCAUUCUCCAUAGGCAAGAUCAUUGACGCGUCUACGAAAACAUCUGAAAAUGGUGAAUUUCUGUUUGGAUUAAGUCCUGUGAUGUUCUACGGUGUUUUGGCCAGCAUCCUCGCGUUUGGUGCCGCUGCGAACUAUGGUCGUAUCAUCAUCCUACGAAUUGUUGGUGAACGCAUUGUUGCCAGGACACGGUCCAAGCUUUUCCGCCAGACUUUUGUCCAGGAUGCUGAGUUCUUUGACGCCAAUCGUGUUGGUGAUUUGAUAUCUCGUCUCAGCUCUGACACUAUAAUUGUCGGGAAAAGUAUCACUCAGAACCUCUCAGAUGGGCUACGCGCAGGCGUUAGUGGCGCAGUUGGCUUCGGUAUGAUGGCUUAUGUUAGUCUCAAGCUAUCCAGUAUCCUGGCUUUGUUGCUUCCCCCGAUUGGGCUGGGAGCAAUCUUCUACGGAAGGGCUAUCAGGAAUCUCAGCCGUAAAAUCCAGAGGAACCUUGGAACUCUGACGAAGAUCGCGGAAGAGCGAUUGGGAAAUGUGAAAACAAGUCAGUCCUUUGCCGGCGAAGUCCUCGAGGUCAAUCGAUACAACACUCAAGUGCGAAAGAUAUUCGAACUCGGCAAAAAGGAGUCGCUGAUUAGUGCCACGUUCUUCAGUUCUACCGGACUCAUGGGUAACUUGACGAUCUUGGCUCUACUUUAUGUUGGCGGCGGCAUGGUCAAAUCUGGCGCUAUCAGCAUUGGAGAGCUAACCUCUUUCUUGAUGUACACGGCUUAUGCGGGCUCUAGCAUGUUCGGAUUAUCUAGCUUCUACUCUGAGCUGAUGAAAGGUGUUGGAGCAGCCAGUCGACUUUUUGAGCUACAAGACCGCCAGCCAACAAUAUCUCCAACCAAGGGCACCAAGGUCGUGACUGCUCGUGGCCCUAUUCGUUUUGAGAACGUCACAUUCAGCUACCCCACCAGACCGGCUGUUCCCAUCUUUAGGGACCUCAACUUCGAGAUUCCGCAAGGCACAAAUGUCGCUAUCGUUGGUCCUUCCGGUGGAGGAAAGUCCACCAUUGCUUCGUUGCUCCUACGUUUCUACAGCCCUAGCGAGGGCCGUGUUUUGAUCAACGGCAAGGACAUCAAGGAGAUGAACGCGAAGUCGCUUCGCAGAAAGAUUGGCGUUGUUGCUCAGGAGCCUGUGCUCUUCUCUGGGACAAUUGCUGAGAAUAUCUCUUAUGGGAACCCACAUUCGACCCGGUCCGAGAUCGUGGCAGCGGCGAGAAAAGCAAACUGUCAAUUCAUUAGCGACUUCCCGGACGGCCUUGAUACUCAGGUUGGGCCCCGCGGUGCUCAACUUUCUGGAGGGCAAAAGCAACGAAUUGCCAUUGCCCGGGCCCUGAUUAAAGACCCCGAUAUCCUAAUUCUCGACGAAGCAACUUCCGCCCUCGACGCGGAAUCCGAGACACUGGUGAACAGCGCCCUUGCUGCACUUCUCCGCGGAAACAACACGACCAUCAGUAUCGCCCACAGACUCUCUACUAUCAAACGGUCCGAUUCGAUCGUCGUCCUCGGUAGCGACGGGAGAGUCGCUGAACAAGGAACAUAUGAACAACUAAGCUCACGCCCUGACGGCGCCUUUACAAAACUCAUGGAAUGGCAAUUAAGUGGUGGUGACUCUAAGCCACCAGUCAGCCCUUCUUUUGAUCCUGAGGCCGAAGAUAGGCCUUGGGAAGAACAACCCGAGGAAGAUGGCGACGCGGAAAACAGUGGCAAGAUUCAACAGCGAUGA